ACUGGUAGACAAGCGGAAACGUCACUUCUAGCCCCCUCACACAAAUCCUCGAUCUCCCCACUCCACCUCCACCGCCCACCGGCUCACAGCAGAAACCAAUCACCGCAGAGACGGCGGAGGAGCUAUGUUCAGGGACGUGUCGGCAUGCAAUACAUACAACUACGGCGACGCCCUCUACUGGGACGCCCGUUACAUCCAAGAUGCCAACUCUGGUUCCUUUGAUUGGUACCAACGCUAUUCUGCGCUCCGCCCUUUUGUUCGUAAAUACAUCUCUCUUACGUCCCGUGUUCUCAUGGUGGGCUGCGGCAAUGCCGUUAUAUCAGAGGACAUGGUUAAGGAUGGUUUUGAAGAUAUUAUGAAUAUAGAUAUAUCAUCAGUGGCUAUUGACAUGAUGAGAAAGAAAAUGAUUUUUGUUUCUUUGACACACGUCGACAUGCAAAUGGAUGUUAAAGAUAUGAGUUUCUUUCCUGAUGAAUCAUUUGAUAGUGUCAUAGACAAAGGGACUCUUGAUUCAUUGAUGUGUGGCACUAGUGCUCCCAUUAAUGCUGCUCAAAUGUUGGGGGAAGUGAGCAGGCUUCUUAAACCUGGAGGAGUUUAUAUGCUGAUAACAUAUGGUGAUCCUACUGUGCGGAUGCCACAUAUAAAUCGACCAGUUUACAAUUGGAAAGUUGAAUUAUAUGUUAUACCUAGACCUGGAAAUCAAAAGCCAGCUGGUUCUACUUCUCUGAAGUCAUACUUGGAACCCGUUCCUAUGACAGAGAAAGGUCUACUCCCGGCAGAUUAUACUUUGGAAGAUCCCGACUCCCAUUUUAUAUAUGUGUGUAAGAAGGCUGAUGAUCCAACUGCUGUCAGCCACGGAUCUAGCAAUUCUUUGACUGAUGAUACACUACGGAGAUAACAAAUAGACCCUUAGUGAUGUAAGUUUUCUUCACUUCAUGCACUGAUAUUAAGUGUUCUAGCCAAAUAAGUCACGAGGAGGUCUCUGAAUGUAUUGGAAGCCGUACUGAUGAUAAUGUAGUUCUUGAUAAUUGGAUAGAAGGUCAUUUAAGAAAAGAAUAAUUGGUUGUUGUUGUGCUAAUAUCAGCUCAGAUUUGACUCCUCCAAGCCUGUUGUCUGUGCCUAUGUGAAUUAAUAAAGGACAAUGUUUAAUUCUUCUCAGUCAAUGAAAUGCAUAAUUCCUUUUCGUUAA